AUGACCGAGUUGGCGCACCAAGCUAUGGUGGGCCAACUUGCAACUGAGCAAGCCACUGGGGAAAAACACCAAGGCAACAAUUUACAAAACGGUGAUUUGGUAUCUUUCACUUUUCCCCCAUUCAUUGUCGAUGAUGAUGAUGAUGAUGAUGGCGACGACAAUGAUGAUGCUGUGACUGUGAAAAGCCCAAAGAGGAACAAAAUGCAGUUUCAAAUAAAAGCCAAGAACUUCCCAAUCCUUCUACUGGGCCUUUGUGCCAGCCUGUCCUUCGUCAUACAUCAAGGCAUCUGCUCUCACAUUGACACUGAGGAUAUUUCCCUGUCCGAUCCUCAUCAAUCUCUGUCGGGCGUUACAGGUCCAGCUGCUCAUCAUGCACAGCAUUUUCAACCUUCAGAAUCCUAUUCGGAAGUAAAUAAACAUGUUCCAGUUCAGGUUAUUGAGAAAAUACCCCUGAAUAUACCCCAUCCGGUGCCAGUUAAAGUUCCCAAUGUUAUACGCAUACAAAUACCCGAACCCUAUGCUGUUCAUGUGCCCAUACAGCAAGAAAUUCAAGUGCCAACAUAUCGCAUAGUUCCUGAGAUUACAGAGAAACGCAUACCCUAUACGGUGGAGAAGCCAUAUCCUGUAGAAGUGGAGAAGCCAUAUCCCGUGGAGGUGAUUAAACAAAUUAAAAUCGCUGUACCAAAACCAUAUCCGGUUCCUUAUACGAUUUAUAAGCAUGUCGUGCAAAAGGAUCAUGGGUGGUAA